UGGUAUGGAAGCACGUGGUAGUAUGGUAUAUCUCUGUUGUGCUUCCUCGUACAGUCUUCUUAUCGAUUUGUUAUGUGAUCUCAGUGAGUGACUGAUCUUGGGCUUGCCCUCUGGGCCAAUUUCUUUUCUAGGCCCUAUGUGUGACUUUCGUUGUGCCUCUCAUUUCAAUACUCACAUCGACCCCGAUCGUUCGUAGACCAUGACGCCUAAUGACGAUCGUGGCCCCGAGCUGGCUGUCAUAGUGGCGGUUUUCCUCGGGCUGUCGUCCGUCACGGUAGCUCUUCGCUGCUACGUCCGGGUUCACAUUUUGAGGGCGUUCCAGGUUGAGGACUGGUUGGCUGUUGCUUCAAUGCUUUGCUUCGUAUUCUAUUCUACGGCCGUCAUGCUUAGUAUUUCGCACGGGGCGGGCAAGCAUGUGAACGAUGUUCCUACCGAGAACAUCCCCAAAAUUCUCAAGAUGAGAUGGGCGGGAGAAAUAAUAUACGUCGUGACGUCGCUCUUCCUAAAGUUGACCGUUGGAAUAUUCCUCUUUCGCAUAUGCUCGCAGGGGUGGCAGAAAUCGGUUAUUUACACCGUGCUACCUUUAUAUCUCGUCUACCACAUCUUUUACGCCUUCGUGGCCGCGUUCCAAUGUCAGCCGGUGGCGUAUUUCUGGUUCAGAUACACCGGCGGCAUGGAGGGUAAAUGCUGGAGCAACGAUAUGGUUAUGGGCUGUACGUACGCGGCUGCUAGUAUCAACGCUGUUACGGAUUGGGUCCUUGGGUUGCUACCCAUUGCGAUUGUGCGGAAUCUUGAACUGUCGAAGAGGUCGAAGAUCAUGGUUUCUUGCACUUUAGCACUCGGGUCGGUCGCAUCAACCGCGACCAUCGUCCGCAUCCCCUAUAUCUGGCAACUAACCCAACCCGGCGAUUUCAUACAUGACUUCACCGACCUGUCUAUCUGGUCUACUAUAGAAAACGGACUCGGCCUCGUCGCAUCGUCGAUCGCUACUCUCCGGCCCCUAGUCAGAGCGGUGCUCGGGGGCACGCGAGGAGGAACGGCGUCACGGGGACGCCGCUCUUUUUACUCGUGGAGGAGAUCGGGGCCGGGCGCAGCGCAGAACGGCAAUCAGCAGCAGUACUAUAGGAUGGAGAAUUACUACCGCGAUAGCGCUUGCAAGGCACCGGAGCGGGUCAGAGUACCGACACGGCAGAUCCUCGGCUCGCAUAUAAGCUUUCACGCAGGUACCCGCAAAGCGUCCUCGAUAUUGAAAGCAGUAACAAAGUCACAUUGGAAGUUUCCUAACCCGCCCACCCAUUCUGGUUCUUUCCUCCCCGGCGCCGUAUUCCCCAUACCCGCAGACGAUGUAAUGGUCCCAGUCCCUGCACCGCCGAGCACCUCCGCCCUUUCCCCUUCCAUUCCGGCUUCUAAUCCCGCCCCCAACCCGGACGUCGACGGCAAUGGCUAUCAAGAAGCGCUAGACAGGCUGCAGCCCCUGCAGCCCAUCCUCCGGGGCUUCAACCACCGCAACCGGAACCAGCACCGCCGCGCCGCCUGGUGGGCUCCGUUCGGCAUGCUACGGCGCCACGUCGACAAGGUAGUCGACGAGCUACUCGAGGCCGCCGAUGCCGCUGCCGCCGCCGCUAAGUCAAAGAGCAAAAAGCGACGGCGUGACGACGGCGGCGGCGCGGAGAGGAAGGUAAAGGGUCACGUGGAGUGGUUGAGGGAUAUCCUAGUUCCAAAAUCAGACAACCAAUUCGCAACGCUAGGCGUCGUGCUUCUCGGCGCGUUGGCCCAGGUCAACGCCGCCUGCGCACAUCUAGUAGCGGGCGAAGCAGCAGCGGCGGAAGUAAGCCGUGGCCAAAAAACUGGCAGCAUAUCCACCGCGGAGGAUAAUAAGCCUGUAGAUAAUAGCGGUGCCGCCGCGGUACGUCUGAAAGAACCCACCAGCGCUCAGGGAGUUAAGAAGGAGCCGCCCCCCUCCCGGCCCGUUUUGACAUUAACGUCCGGCGAGCGCGGGGGCUCGGUAAUCUCGCGGGACGAGGUCGCGCGGGCCGAGAAGCUGCGGAAGAAGAACGGAUCUUCUGAUAUACCCAGCAAUGCGAAGCGGGGCCAGGACCACGGCAAUGGCGCCGGGGUUGUAAAGAAACAGCAGGAGGAUACAUCUUCGAAGACGAAGACUAAGGAGAGUGUAAAACCCGCGAAGAAAAAGAAGACCAAGAAAGGCGGCGACGAGUUUGACGAUCUAUUCAAGGGCCUAUUUUAA